GCGCGGCGCGGAUCUCUCGGCAGCUGUAGGGGGAGGGUCGUCGGCUCGCGCCCCCCCUCCGUCCCGCGCGCCCCCUCGCGGCCCUCGGCGCGGCCCGCGGCUCCGCGCAGCCCGCGCGCAAGGAGGUCCCCCCCCGCGGCCUCUCCAAGGCUUUUACGCGCGCCGCGCGCCCCGCCGCCUCCCCUCCGCCGCUCGCGGGGGGGAGAGGAUGGAAAUUCCCUUCUACCACGACGAUUUGUUGAUCGCCUUGGCGGCGGCGGCGUCCGCGGCGGCCCCUCCCCCCGCGAGCAACCCCGGCGGCGGCGGCGGCGCAGCCCUGGCGCAGCCCUUUCCCGGCGGCCGGAUGAAGAAAGACGGGCUGACGCUGGCGCUGGGCGAGCUGAAGGCGGGCCCGGCGCAGCAGCAGCAGCAGCAGGCCGACGGCCAGGCGCUGCUCACCUCCCCGGACCUGGGCCUGCUCAAGCUGGCCUCGCCGGAGCUCGAGCGCCUCAUCAUCCAGUCCAACGGCUUGGUGACCACCACGCCGACCAGCGGCGGCGCGCAGUUCCAUUUCCCCAAGGCCGGCGGCGGCGGCGGCGGGGCGGCGGGAGGAGGCGCCGGCGCCGCCCCGGACGAGCAGGAGUUCGCCGCCGGCUUCGUCAAGGCGCUGGAGGACCUGCACAACCAGAGCCAGCAGCUGGGCGGCGGCGGCGGGGGGCCAGUCGGGGGCGAGCUGCCCCCCGCCGCCAGCCUGGCCCCGCCGUCGGCGGCGCACCAGCAGCAGCAGCAGCACCACGCGGAGCCGCCCGUGUACGCCAACCUGAGCACCUUCGCGGGCGCCUACGCCACGGAGAGCCCCUUCCCGGCGCACCCGCGGCUCCAGCUGCCCCCGCCGCCGCCGCCGCCGCUGAAGGACGAGCCGCAGAUCGUGCCCGAGGUGGCCAGCUUCGGCGACAGCAGCCCGCCGCUGUCGCCCAUCGACAUGGACACGCAGGAGCGCAUCAAGGCCGAGCGCAAGCGGCUGCGCAACCGCAUCGCCGCCUCCAAGUGCCGGCGGCGCAAGCUGGAGCGCAUCUCGCGCCUGGAGGAGAAGGUCAAGAGCCUCAAGACCCAGAACACGGAGCUCGCCUCCACGGCCAACCUGCUGCGCGAGCAGGUGGCCCAGCUCAAGCAGAAGGUGCUCAGCCACGUCAACAGCGGCUGCCAACUGCUGCCCCAGCAGCAGCCGCCCCCGCACCAGGUGCCGGCCUACUGAGGGGGGGGCGCCGCCCCCCGGAAGGAGAAAAGCCACCCCUGGACGGAGCGCCCCGGGGGAGCUCCUGACGCUGCGCCCCGGGGGAGGCCAAGCAGGGACGAAGGACACGCCUCUCCCGCCCUCCCCCAGCUGCGAGUGGGGGGCCGCCCCGCGUUGGACAGAAGCCGGGUGGGGGGAUGGGUCGGGGCCCGCCGGCUCACUCAACAACGGGACUUCGAGGGGGGGCUGAAGUGUGGACGCAGUGCCCCCCUCCCCAGGCUGCCCGAGGUGGGAGAGACCCCCGCACCGAGCGAAAGCGGAGGAGGCCUUUUGGAGAGGAACGGAACGGAACUCAUUGGGGGGGGGGGGUGAGCCAGCGCCCCGGAUCAAGGCCUUUGUGAGUGUGUUUUGGACUACUCCGGACACCGCCUCUUCUUCGCAGAACCCUCCAGGAGGCGCUGGGGACCUCAGAGAGGGGGUGGGCGGGCUUUUUUUGGAGCCAUUUGUGCGCCCCCCCCAAACUCACUACCGAUCCCGAUUCUUUGGGAUUGGCCCUCAGACUCUGGCCUGGACAUUGCCCAGGCAGCCUGCUGUUUUCUCUCUCACCCCCUCCCUCCCAACCCUCCUCCCUCCCUCCCUCCCUCCACUGUUCCAGGAACCAUUUCCUUUCCUUUACCAUAUUUAUGUUAAUAUCGGAACCUGCCCUUCUCUUGUUUUUGCGGGAGGGGGGGUCCUUUCGCUCUCUCCUUUUAUUUUUGCCUCUAUCUAUCUAUCUCAUCACAUUCCACGGUGCAGUAAAACCCUGUGCAGGAGUUGGAAAAAAAACAAAAAA